AUACAGCGUCCCGUCUCGCGCAGGUACGCGCUGUGUGUGGACACAUGCGUUGAGUGUCUUGCCGUUUGUGUGUGUGUUGCCGGUUUGCUUGAAGUGUUGGAGAGUCCGUCAUAGGAUGUUUACACUUUGAAGAGCAUUCACUGCCUGAAUAGUGAAGAUGCUCAAGUUCAUCACAAAGAAGUCCCAGCACGUCAGUGCUGAGCGACUCAAGGUGCAGCGGGAGCUGUUUGCCUUCAACAGGACUGCCUGCCAUGGAUUUCCUCACUGCCCUACAGCCCUGGCCUGGGACCCAUUCCUGGAGCUUUUUGCCAUCGGGACCAAGACAGGGUCACUCAGAGUAUAUGGCGCCCCCGGUGUUGAGUAUGUGGUCGAACAUGAUGCCAGCAGCCCCGUGAUAGAGCUGCACUUUGUGCCUAAGCAGGGACGGCUGAUCACCCUUUUGGAGAACAACACACUCCACCUGUGGGAGAUCAACAUGAAGGGUGGUGAGGACUCUGUACUUGAGCAUGUGGAGUCCUGCACCGUGGAUUCUAAGCUUCGCAUCUUCACCUGUUCCGUCCAGUCCUCUGGAGAUCACCUGUACCUGGGUACCGAAGGAGGCAACAUCCACUUGCUGGACAUCAAGUCAUUCCAGAUGACUGACACCAUCAUCUACCAAGAUCUCGUCACUCAGAAUGUUCCUGAAGACUACAAGAUCAACCCUGGCGGUGUGGAGGCAAUUGCAGAGCACCCUUCGGACCCAAACAAGAUGGUCAUCGGCUAUUCAAGGGGCCUUAUGGUGCUGUGGGAUAACGAGUCGCUCAACGCUGACCAGACUUACAUCUGCAACAAGGAUCUCCACUCGGUGUCGUGGCAUGGAAGCGGCACCAAAUUCAUGAGCGCCCACAACGACUGCAGCUAUUUCGUUUGGAGCGUCAACAGCUCCAAGGCCAUUGAAUCUGUGGAGCAGUGUUAUGGUCCCUACCCUUGCAAAGCCAUCAACAAGAUCCUGUGGAAGCGGACCACUGGGAAGGACGACUUCAUCAUCUUCUCGGGUGGCAUGCCACGAGCCAACUACGGUGAUCGGCACACGGUCUCAGUGAAGCACGGGGAGACUUCCAAAGUGCUGGAUCUCACAUCCAAGGUGGUCGAUUUCUUCACCGUGGAUAAGGAGGCAGACGACCCUGAGACUGCAGAGCCCGUGGCCCUGGUGAUUCUGGCCGAGGAAGAGCUGGUGGUGGUGGACCUAUCUUCGGACGACUGGCCCAGCUUUGCCCUGCCCUGCCUGUCGAGCCUGCACUCCUCGGCCAUCACGUGCACAAACCACUUCUGCAACGUGCCCCAGGACGUCUGGGACAAACUACUCGACAUGGGCCGCAAGCAAAUGCUCCAGUGCUCAACAAAGCCCUGGCCACUGGUGGGUGGCCGUGUGACGGCUGAGAAGCCAAAUCAGCAUGACCUGCUGGUGACCGGCCACGAAGAUGGCUCCGUGCGCUUCUGGGAUGCCUCUGGAUCGUGCUUGCGGCAGCUGCUGACUCUUAGGACGGCGCGCCUCUUUGGGUCAGGAGAUGGCCCCUCAAGCUUUCACGCUGCACAGGACGAGGAGGAGGAAGAGGAGUGGCUGCACUUCCACAAAGUGGGCACAUUUGACCCGUACAGUGACGACCCCCGCCUGGCGGUGAAGAAGGUCCUCUUCUGCCUGCAAACGGGACGCCUUGUGGUGGCCGGCACCGCAGGUCAAGUGGUCUGCUUCAGCUUCGAUCCGGAAGAGUCUGAGGCCACUCCUGAGGCUGUGCAGCUGAAUUUUGUGGGCGACCGUGACAGCUUUGUGUGGAAAGGCCAUGAUGCUCUGCAAGUGAAGAACUGCCCCGCCAAGUCGGAGGCUGGCUUCCACCCGGACCUUGUGCUGCAGCUAGCGCCACCUGCUGGAGUUACUGCCCUGGCACUGCACUCCAAGUGGGGCCUUAUUGCCGCUGGAACAGCCCAUGGAUUUGGCGUCCUUGACUAUGUACAGAAGAAAGUGGUUGUUUCGAAGUGCACACUCAACCCGCAUGACUUGGCUGCAUCAGGUGACAUGAUGUCUCGCCGGAAGUCCUUCAAGAAGUCCUUGCGCGAGUCAUUCCGUCGUUUGCGCAAGGGCCGUUCCCAGAGAGGCCGGAAGGACAAGUCCAUGACUAAGUCGCCAGAGAGCCGUAGGCCCAGGAGAGGGGAGGAAGAAGGCAGCACGUCUUCUGCCGUGGCCAGCCCUGCUUCUCGGCACAACGAGUCUGCCAUCGACCCCGGCUCACCCCUAUCGGAGGCCAAACCUGUUGAGCGCCAGGUGGAGGCACGUUCCACAGAUGAUGCCCUUUCAUCCAUGGUCCGGUGUCUCUGCUUCUCCAGCAGCUUCAUCCUUCACAAUGCAGCAACAACACCAACUCUCUGGGCAGGCACCAAUGCUGGUGCCAUCUUUGUUUACACCCUUGCCUUUCCCCCGAGUGACAAGCGGGACUCUGAUCCAGUUCAGUGCACCCUUGGCAAGGAGAUCCACCUGAAGCACAAGGCCCCAGUGAUAUCCAUUCACAUCAUUGACGCGCGUGGCUACCCCAUCUCGGAUCCGUUUGAGGAGGAGCCCAAGGGCCUGGUGCCACCACAGAGGGUGCUCAUCUGCUCUGAGGAGCAGCUGAAGGUGUUCACGCUGCCAAGCUUGAAGCCAUUUGGCAAGCUAAAACUGACGGCACACGAGGGAGCUCGGCUGCGCAAGUCUGCCAUAGCACGUUUCCCGAGCCGUAGCGACCCUGCUCGCGUUGAGUACUGCCUGGCGGUGCUCUCGAACUUGGGCGAGGUGGCACUUCACUCGCUUCCUGACCUGCGCCGCCAGAUGCUCGAGGGAUGCCUGCGCCGCGAGGACAUUAAUGGCAUCUGCAGCCUUGUGUUCACCAAGGACGGCGAAGGCUUCUACCUGAGCUCGCCGUGCGAGUUCGAACGCUUCUCCCUGUCUGCCAAGCGGCUCGUGGCCCCCCACUGCCAAGUGGACCUGCCCGAAGGUGCGCGGCCCCAGCCGCCACAGCCCCAGGAACCCCAGGUGGGCAAGGAGGAAGAAGCAGCAACAGAAAAAGCGCCUGCAGCGUCAGCGGCCGAGGGAGGGGAACAGAAGGAAGCCGAUGAUGAGGCCGCAACAACCAGUGAAGCCAAGCCUGCGGAAACAAUAGAGUCUGCAGAGAAGAAGCCCGAGUUGUCCUCCUCUGCUGCCACAUCCCCGACAUCACCAAAGGAGGAGUUGUCAGAAGGCGGCGACGAUGACAAAGGCGGUCUAGACUCCCCACCAGACAGUGGCAUCAGCAGCCUGGUGAUCACCAAGAACGAGUCCAACUUCACCACCACCACGAGCACAGUGGGCGACCUGAAGUCCCUCGAACUGGACGAUUUGCUGCCUGCCGACCACGAGGUACUGGCUGACAAGCUGCGCUCCGAGUGCAAGAUUGAGGUGGUUCGCGAGAAGCGGACUGUCGUCGUCGUUCGGGAGGAGACGCUCGUUAAUGGGAGCUCCCCUACAAAUUGAACCAGCCUUCAUCAGCUAGCACCCGCCGCUUGGAACUGUAUCGUUUUUCACACCAUGCGCAUUUGUUUUCAUUUAUUUUGUUUUUCUUCCUCUCCACAUAAUUGUUUUCACAUUGCAGCUAGUUCCUCUUAGCAACAGGCGUUUCUUUUUAUUUAAUUUCCCUGUUAGUUGUUGGUCUCCACGUUUUUAGCCAUUGUUUUUCUUGUGCGUAUUUUUUUUUUUUUUUUCGGUUUAAGGAACAAAGCACAGUCCCACCACCCACACACACAUUAAUGCAUGUUAGCUUGUGGCUGUGCACCCCUAGCAUGUGGGUGCGCACAUCCAGCAUCGUAGAAGAGGAGGAAUAAGUGCGAGAGAGAACAGGAGUGAGGGGCAGCUGCGUUGUACAGUUUUGGCUACAAAAGUUCGCGGGACAUGGGAUUCGCUAAAAAAGCCAAGUUAUUGCGAAGUCUGGGCAAAUUGCCUCGUGCCUAAACGCCGCAGAAAUCUGCGUUGGCUACGGAAACUCGUGACCCGUAAACUUUCUUGGCCGACUGUACGUCUUUGCGUUUUCAUCCUCCUCGCAAGGGAAGGAUCAGAAGGAACGCGUCUGUUUUUAUGUGUUUACUUUGCCGAUAGAUUAUACGUCCUUCCCCCACACUUUUCUAGGCACAUGCAUCGCCGCUACAUGACCGAAAGAGGGGGAGAAUAGAUCUUUCCUUGUUCUUACAGUCUGCGAAAUGCACAAUGUGCUUUUUUUGUCGUCGGCGGCAAGGAGUAUACUGGUGACUUCGCUGGUCGGCUGAAUUUGUGUAGUGGUGCUUGGAUAGGGUCUUGGAUAUUCGGAGGCUCCGAAGGAACGGCGGACUUUAGGAGCACUGGCAGAACCACCAUUCGGAUCAGCGAUAGGCCUUGGCUUCGCACGAAGGAACAUGUACUUUUUUUAUGAUGAAUGCGGGGAGUAGACGAGGCAAUCCGUUAUAUCCUCUGCUUUUUCCCCAGGGUAGACAGCCAGGGCUGUUUUACCCUUGUUGAUGCUGCGCUGGCAGAAACAAUAUCGGUGAAAUAGUGUAACGUGGGAAGAGGAACGUGAACGGCACUGCUGUUUCACAUUUUGCCCCGCUGGGAUUGCCAGGAUACUCGAACCACGUCGCCUUGAUUUGAUUGACACCUGUCAGUAUUGCAUCAUUCCAAGUUUGGCGGUCGAUACUGCAAGCACCACAAGUGCCUUUACCUCGGCACAAUUGCAGCAGCUCUCUGUGUUCUUGUCAUGCUCUAGCGUGACAGGCACGAGUCUCAUCGAUGCAAAAAGGUUCUUGCUUCGCUUUUCUCGAAGCCACCUUUGUUGAGGCAUUGUCGACGCGGGAAGAGAUUUCGGAGUAGCUUUUCCCGCCUUGUAUAACUUGGUUACUGUGGGCACAGCCCACUACCCUGCUUGUAACUACUGGCAGGGGUAAAAGAAAUGUAAGCCAGACAUUUUAAAUGGCAGGCAGUGAAAUAAGGUAGUGGCUGAGGUAGGUAAGAUAUUAAGUGGUGGUCGAUUUUAACCUCCAGAACAGCACUCUUCUUCCGCCAACAGAAUUUUUAAUGACCUGCACUGGGGGGUUAUCUAGCCUGCCUUGACCAGUCUCCUCUUGUUCUUUAGUUCGAACGGUGUCAUUUGCAUUUCAUUUUUUUUUUGCAGUAGUGCCUGUAACUGUCAUUCUCUUUGGUUGACGUGUUGGAGAAAACGCCGCAAUCUUAUGUUUAACCACGCGUCGUCAAGAGACGUUGGCACUACAUUGAGACAGGUAUGUGCUAUGCAUUGAGGCCACAGAGCGAGGCUGUGCAAGGUGUUGCACAUAUUGGGGCUACAGUUAUCGCUUCCUCUUUUACCUUUAUUUAUUUGUGGGCCUCGUUUUUCUCGUUUCUCUGAUGUAAGGCAUACCUUUGCUUCGUCGGCAUUUGCGAAAGAGAUGAGAGAUUUCUGUGUGAACUGGGGUAUGUUGCAGCUUGCUGAAUGCCGUCUGCUUUUGUUCUGAGUGCUUUUAUUUUUUGCAUUUGCACAGACGCAAUUAAAGCUGCAACAUGCACGCUAUGCUGCUAGUAGGGCAAGCAGCCCACAUUUUUAAUUUUUCUCUAUGGCCACGCCUAGUGCAACCACACUCGUGUCAACUUAUACUAUAUUAUAUACUAGAAGGACCACAUAUUGCACUUUAUUAGGUGCGUCGCCCUGUAGGGGCUGCUCAUGGCACGUGUCUUUCUCUGGCCUUGUUUACACUCUCCCGUGUGCAUUCCUUGAUUUCUACUCAAAGCGACGGCGAAAAGAUUUCGUACGGUCGUACUUCUUUCUCACCGCAAGCACAGGGGGCAACUGUACUUCGUCUUGCCAAUUCCGUGCAGCGAAGCCCAAGGCUAUAAUGGCUUGUGUCAGCCACUUGGUAUAAUGGAAGCCGAAUUGUGUGUUCCUAUAAAGGGAAAUGGAAGAAGGCUGGCCUAUUGCGCAAUAUGAUGGCACUUCCGUUCAGUCUUAGUAGCGCAAUGGCUGCUCAAGUAGGAGCCCUUCAUCUGGUUUUCUUUUCUGGUUGGUUGACACAACCCCUAAUGUUCGCUACACUGCGUGGACUUAGCGAGACGCAGAGCACAGGAUGUGCAUUCCUCACUUUUUUUUUUUUCCGCCCCCUGUCUCUCAUCAUCGGAAACGCUUCUUGUUUUUACUCUUUUUUUUUGUAUAGGGGGGGUCAGGGGACAAUGGACAAAUCAUCUCAUAAUCAAAAAGUGCCAUUUUUCAGCCUUCCAAAUAAGAGAAAAAAAAAGGUGAAAUGGGGAGAGGAAAAAGGAGCACUUCCUGGCAGUUUUUUUUUUUUUACCUGGCUUUUUUUUAUGAGCAAGUGGCGGUGUUUGCAUUUUUUUUAAGAAAAGGUCUAUACAUACUAUAUAUAUAUAUUAACGUAUUUAAGGCUUUUUUUUAUUUCCUUGUCCUAUGUUUAUCGUGCUCGUCGCCACAGGUCUUUUUCGCAUGUUUAUACAGGGCAGCUCUUUUGCUGCAUGCGUGUGUGUUAUGAGGGCAGCAGCAGUUCAUAUGAGAAUCCUUCUACAAUACGCCUCGAAUUAUGCCACGGAAAUGCCCAUAUUGGUGAUGGUGGUACCUACAACUGCUAUACUGCAACAUGGUGUUUUUUUUUAAAGCUGUAAGACUUUUUCAAGCUGUCUUUUUUUUUUUUUUUUACCGGGCCAUUUUCGAAAUAAAAUGUUUGAAAAUUGUAAA